AUGCACCGCCAUGACAGGAUCAACACAAUUGGUGCAACUCUCCAGGCUUACUCGUACUCGCUGCCGCAGCUCAUCAUCGGUCGACUGGUUUCUGGAUACGGUUUCGGACACAUUACGGCUACGGCUCCUAACUGGCAGGCCGAAUGUUCAGGCGCUGCUCAUAGGGGUGCGGCGGUGAUGCUUCAAGGGUUGUUUAUCUCUCCCGGCUUGGUCAUCGGAGGCUGGACUAAUCUGGGAAUGUCUUUCCAUCACGGCUGCUUAACCUUCCCUUCUUACCCACUCUCAUCCCGCGGAACUCGAAUUUCUAUGAGAUCAUCCACUCCACGGGACAGAUUUGCAUCCUGUCGAAACGCCUACAUGAUCAGCAGACGACGGCCUUCAGCCUGGCUUUGGGGCGGCCGAGUCUGGUUCUCCGCAGGUACAUUUCAACCAUUGGGUUAUUUACAAACUGGGAACAAGUAUCAUGUCACCAGGUGCAACAAUUUGAUGUUGAAAAAGGCUAAAGAGUUGCUUAAAAUUGCCCAUUGA